UAUUUCAGCCGCUCCAUCACUCACUCGACACACAGCCAGCAUUUCCAUUCUCUCGACAACACAACCAAGUGACCUUCUAGCUGUUUCUUGCGACUUCUUCCUAGCUCAGUUUCUAGCACUUUCAUUUCGCGGCUAGCUUCAGAUUAACCCAUGGCGACCAUGAUGUCCACCACGGGCUCCUCCUUCGCCGGCGCCACCGUUCUGCCCCGUGUCGCCGCCGGAAGCUUCGCCGCAGCACGAUCACCUCUCCGCCCACGCACAACAUCCUUCGUCGUCCGGGCCCAGAACGACAAGGAGCCCACGCCCAGCAAGCCCGCGGCCUCGAUCUGGGACAUCCUGUCCUUCAGCGGGCCGGCGCCGGAGCGGAUCAACGGCCGCCUCGCCAUGGUGGGCUUCGUGACGGCGCUGGGCGUCGAGGCGGGCCGCGGCGACGGGCUGCUCUCGCAGCUGGGCAGCGGGACUGGCCAGGCCUGGUUCGCAUACACGGUGGCCGUGCUCUCCGUGGCGUCGCUGGUGCCGCUGCUGCAGGGCGAGAGCGCCGAGGCCAGGGGCGCCGGCAAGAUCAUGAGCGCCAACGCCGAGCUCUGGAACGGCCGCUUCGCCAUGCUCGGCCUCGUCGCGCUCGCCGCCACCGAGGUCCUCACCGGCGCGCCAUUCGUCAACCUCUGAACACACUUUCAGCGUAGCGUGUAGCUGUAGUAUGGCUGUCGUGUGUCUUUGAGUGGCAGCGUUGCUGGCGUUGGCAUUUAAAUUUUUGAACUGUCUCAGGAUGUAUGUAUGCUGAUCAAAGAUAUUGAUAGAUGACAUUUUUUUCUCUAA